AUGGAGACCACCAAAUUGGGAAAGACGGCUCAGGAUCCAAACGAAGAUACAGAAUGGAAUGACAGAUUAAGAGAUUUUGGGAUUCUGCCUCCAAAAGAAGAGGUAAAGGACGAAAUUGAAGAAAUGGUUUUACGUUUACAGAAAGAAGCGGAAGUGAAGCCAUAUGAACGAAUGGAUCUGAAACAACUCAAAGAAGCUGAAGAUGUAUUUGAUGAGGAGGAUAUGAAAGCCGUUGAAAUGUAUAGGAAACAACGUUUAGAAGAAUUAAAAUCUCUACAAAAAAGACAAAGAUAUGGAGAACUCAGAGAAAUUUCUGGUGAGCAGUACAUAAAUGAAGUUACAAAUGCACAAAAAGAUCUGUCGGUUGUCAUCCAUCUAUACAGCUCAAGCAUUCCAAUGUGUUUAUUAAUCAAUAGACACCUUAGCCUACUGGCCGCCAAGUUUCCUGAAACAAAGUUUGUGAAAGCCUUAGCCAGCAGCUGUAUUGAAAAUUACCAUGACAGAUGCUUACCUACAUUGUGUGUAUAUGAAAAUGGAAAGAUAAAAGGCAAGUUCAUGGGAAUUACAGAAUGUGGAGGAUUACAGCUUAAAGAAGAAGAACUUGAAUGGAAGCUGGCAGAGGUUGGUGCUCUAAUUACUGAUUUAGAAGAAAACCCCAAGAAGAACGUUGUGGAUGUGAUGACAUCUUCGCUUAGAAAUGCCUCCGUUAAUGUUUAG